AAACUUCCCUCAGUUCGGUGGGGACCAGAUGUUACCUUGGGUUGUGCACAUAGCAAAGAUGUCCAAGUGAACUGUGUUGCUGGCCCCAGAGUGAGGAAUUUUACUAGAAGAGAGUAUGGAAGAAACAGAUAAGAAUUCAAGUAGCUUGCCUUAGGUGGUAGAGUUAUAAAACAAAAGGAAACUCCAGAUAGACCCAGGACCUGGAUGUUAGACCAGAAACUAUGGAAUACUUAGAGGAAAAUACUGGCAGAACUCUUUUUCAUCUAAAAUUUAUAGGCAUCUUCAGUGACAUAAGCCUACUUACAAAGAAGACAAAAACAAAGAUGAUGAAACUAAAGCACAGAGAGGUUAAUGAACUUGGUCACAUAGCUGCUUUGUUGAGAUACAACUCACAUAAAUUCAUUGCUGAUGAGAAUGUGACAAGCAGUUUGGCAGUUCCUUCAAAUGUAAAAACAGUUGCCAUAUGGCUCAGCAGUCCCUCUCUUAGAUUCGUGAGCUCUUCGAAGAGGAAACAAGGAAGGCCAAACACAAACGGGAAUUCAGGCCCUGCUCGCUGUGUCACUUGCCAGCUUCAGCUUUGGAGUGGAAAUGACUUAGAAGCCUUACAAAUAUAUCCGUGCAUUCUCACUUCAGACUUUACAAUUGAGGGUCAACCCGUCUAGAAGCACCACUUGUUAAUGUUAUAAAGGAAUCCACUACCUCAGCAAACAAAAGGAAAACAGAAGACAUAAUUUAUAACACACGCCAUUAAAAAAAAACCUUUUCAAAGUUAUUAAAAGGAAAUUUUCAUAUUGAGAAGAAGCUUUACAGGUAAAUGGAUUUGGCAGGCAGGUUCUGUCAAAAUCCUGCAGAAGUUUGAUCCUGCUUCUAAAUAACUUAGCGCGUAGUACUCCUGUACUGCUUUUUAAAUUGCUGUUGAUCAGCUUGUGGGUUUUGGGAUUCUAACUUUUCUGGUAUAUUGAAUACAUUAUAUUACAUGUAUUACAUUUUUUAAGAUUAAGUUAUUUUUCUGCCAUUGUAAAUACGAGUAUCAGAAUAUUCUUGCAAUUGUAGCAAUUGUAGGUGAGCAUUUUUCUCAGCAAACGUAUCUUUUUAUUAAGAGGGGGAUGCUGAUAGAUAUUAUAUGACAUUUUGGACACAAUUUUAUUUUUUGUUAGAGGUCCUGCCCACCCUAAAAAAUUAAUUAAUUAAUUAAAUCUGUUGCCCUUCUCCCAUCUACGUUGGAGCACAUGGUCACCUGCCUCAUGGAAAUGCCUUUUUUAAAACUUAGAUUGGCAGAACUCCACUAUUUUUAUACCUAGCUACAGUUAAAAAUAAAUAGAGAAAGAAAAAAAGACUCAGAGCCCUGACCUGCACACGGUCAUUGGGACAGUUCCCCUCCCGCAUGUAUUGCUGCAGUGCUCAGGACAGUAAAAUGGACUACAAGCGGCGCUUCCUGCUUGGCGGGUCCAAGCAGAAGGUGCAGCAGCACCAGCAGUACCCGAUGCCGGAGCUGGGCCGAGCACUGAGUGCUCCCCUGGCCUCUACGGCCAGCACAGCCACCCUCGGCAGCCUGGCCGCUGCCAGCAGCUGCCACCACGCCAUGUCCCACUCCACUCCCAUCGCUGACAUCCAGCAGGGCAUCUCCAAGUACCUGGAUGCCCUCAAUGUCUUCUGUCGUGCCAGUACCUUCCUCACAGAUCUCUUCAGCACUGUGUUCAGGAACUCUCACUACUCGAAGGCAGCCAUGCAGCUCAAAGAUGUGCAGGAGCAUGUCAUGGAAGCCGCCAGCCGGCUAACUUCAGCCAUAAAACCUGAGAUCGCCAAGAUGCUGAUGGAACUUAGUGCUGGAGCUGCAAACUUUACAGAUCAGAAGGAAUUCAGUCUCCAGGACAUUGAGGUGCUCGGGCGAUGUUUCCUGACAGUGGUACAGGUCCAUUUCCAGUUUUUGACCCAGGCAUUACAGAAGGUCCAGCCAGUGGCUCACUCCUGCUUUGCUGAAGUGGUUGUGCCAGAGAAAAAGAGUAACAGCAGCGGUGGCUUAUCUGGCAUGAGCCACACGCCUGAACUGGAAGAAGCCAUCCGAUCAUGGCGCGGGGCUGCAGAGGCAACAUCUAGACUAAGAGAAAGAGGCUGUGAUGGCCGCCUGGCAGGAAUUGAAGUUCAACAGCUCUUCUGUUCCCAGAGUGCAGUAAUUCCGGAGCACCAACUAAAAGAACUAAACAUAAAGAUCGACAGUGCUUUACAAGCAUAUAAAAUAGCUCUGGAAAGCUUAGGCCACUGUGAAUAUGCAAUGAAAGCUGGUUUCCACCUGAAUCCAAAGGCAAUUGAAGCAAGUUUGCAGGGCUGCUGCAGUGAGGCUGAGGCGCAGCAGACAGGGCGGAGGCAGACACCCCCACAGCCCAUGCAGUGUGAGCUUCCCACCGUCCCUGUGCAAAUAGGAUCCCACUUCCUGAAGGGCGUCUCUUUCAACGAGUCGGCCGCUGACAAUCUGAAACUUAAGACGCAUACGAUGUUACAGCUGAUCAAGGAGGCAGGCUGCUAUAAUGGAAUCACGCCCAGGGACGAUCUUCCUGUGACUGAAGUACUGAACCAGGUGUGCCCAUCCACAUGGCGGGGUGCCUGCAAGACAGCUGUGCAGCUGCUGUUUGGCCAAGCUGGGCUGGUGGUAGUUGACACAGCUCAGAUUGAAAAUAAAGAGGCCUACGCCCCACAAAUCAGUCUAGAAGGCUCCAGAAUCAUAGUUCAAGUCCCAUCCACAUGGUGCCUGAAAGAAGAUCCUGCUACCAUGUCCCUGCUACAGAGAAGCCUGGAUCCUGAGAAGACUCUGGGUCUGGUGGACGUGCUCUACACAGCUGUGCUGGACCUCAACCGCUGGAGAGCUGGGAGGGAACAAGCUUUACCCUGCAUACAGAUCCUGCUUCAAAAGGAGAUUUGUGAUUUUGGGAAUCAGACUGACCUACCUUCUGGCAAUGGAAACAAAUCUUCAGGUGGCUUGCAGAAGACAUUCUCCAAGCUGACUUCCCGGUUCACCAAGAAAACAUCAUGUACCAGCUCUAGCAGCAGCACAAAUUAUUCCAUCCCAAAUACCCCUUCCAAAAACAUUUUCAUAGCUGGGUGUUCAGAAGAAAAGGCCAAAAUACCCAGUAAUAUUGAUACAAGGUUACAAAGCAUUUUGAACAUUGGGAAUUUCCCUAGGACUGCAGAUCUAUCACAGUCAGCUCAGAAUUCCAGUAAUAAAAUGGCCAAUGGUUUUCUCAUGGAGAGGCGUGAGAACUUCCUGCAGGGCGAUGAUGGCAAGGAUGAGAAAGGCAUGAACUUACCCACUGAUCAGGAAAUGCAGGAGGUGAUAGAUUUUCUCUCCGGCUUUAAUAUGGGCCAGUCACAUCAGGGCUCCCCAUCGGUGACAAGGCGUAAUUCUGCUGCCACAGCCAUGGUGACAGAACAGAAGGCCGGAGCCAUGCAGCCACAGCAGCCACCACUGCCAGUGCCCCCUCCACCGCGGCCACCUCAGGCUGGGGCACACACACCUCUGACAUCCCAGCCAAAACUGGCACCUCAGCAGCACUCCCCAAAGCAGCAGCAACCCCAGGUCCAGUACUAUCAACACCUGCUUCAGCCCAUUGGACCACAGCAGCCCCCACCCCAGCCUCGGGCCCCUGGGAAGUGGGUACAUGGCUCAUCUCAACAGCCAGCGCAGCCUGUCGGAGCAGGUCUGUCUCCUCUUGGUCAGUGGCCUGGCAUAUCUGAUCUCAGUUCUGACUUGUACAGUUUGGGUCUGGUGAGCAGCUAUAUGGAUAAUGUGAUGUCUGAGGUUUUGGGGCAGAAGCCUCAGGGACCUAGAAAUAACACCUGGCCAAACCGCGACCAAAGUGAUGGAGUCUUUGGGAUGCUGGGAGAGAUCCUGCCAUUUGAUCCUGCAGUGGGCUCCGACCCAGAGUUUGCACGCUACGUUGCAGGGGUGAGCCAAGCCAUGCAGCAGAAGCGGCAAGUCCAACAUGGUCGCCGACCAGGCAACCCCAGGGGCAACUGGCCACCCAUGGAUGAUACCCACCGGACCUGGCCUUUCCCAGAGUUCUUCACAGAAGGGGAUGGCCUGCACAGUGGCUGGUCGGGGGCUCAGGCAGACUCAGCCAGCUCAAGUGACGAGACCUCCUCUGCCAAUGGGGACAGCUUGUUCUCCAUGUUUUCAGGGCCAGAUCUCGUGGCUGCUGUCAAGCAGAGAAGGAAACACAGCAGCGGCGAACAGGAGACCAGCACACUGCCCUCUCCGCCUCUCCUCACCACAGUGGAGGACAUGAACCAGGAUAACAAAACCAAAACGUGGCCACCCAAAGCACCCUGGCAGCACCCCUCCCCACUGCCCAGCAUGCUGCCCGGCCCCAGCGCACCACUCUACACCGUCACCAACCCUGGCAACCAGUGGAACGACACCAUGCAGAUGCUGCAGUCCCCAGUGUGGGCUGCGACCAGCGACUGCAGCACCGCCUCCUUCUCCUACGUGCAGACCCCACCGCAGCCCCUACCGCCACCAGCACACAAGGCAGCGCCCAAGGGCUUCAAGGCCUUCCCUGGGAAGGCUGAGCGCAGGCCGGCCUACUUGCCCCAAUACUGAACCAGCACUGGCUCUCCUGCUUAGAGUUGUUGGGGCCACCAGCCCCCCAGAGGACCAGUGCACCCCUGUCCAGGCAGGGAUCCUUGGGUAUGGGAGUGACUGGCAGCUCCCAGUCUUUAAAGGCCUGGCUUCUCAAACUUUGGAGGCAUCAGACCUCUGGAGAGCCCACUGCAGACAGAGGUUUCUGACCUGCUUGAGGGAGGUGCUAGGCAUCAUUAAGCUUCAUAAGCACCUCCAGUGAUUUUCGUGCAGGUAGGCCAGAGGUCACACUCAGACACACAGCUCUCAAGUUUGUAGUCCCUUUGUGUGUGUGUGUGUGUGUGUGUGUGUGUGUGUGUGUGUGUGUGUGUGUGUGUGUUAGGAAGCCAUCAGGCCUAAAGGCUGAGAGCAGAAGUGACCAUUCUUCUAAAACCUCCUACCCUUCCUUAACACACUGAGUGGUGGACCAUACCAAUCACUGUACUUUCAUAGCUAUUUUAUCAUAGAGAUCUUGAGUUAAAACAUCUCCUACCUAAAAUGCAGUGAAUAUUUGAAGAUAACAGAUGUGGUGGCUGGAGACCUGUUCAACACUAUCUUUAUUUAAGCUUAUACAAAUGGGCAAAGAUGGAGAAUAUGUGGUCAGAAGCGGUCACUUGGGAUUCCUGUGAGUGGGCAACUGCUCGCCAGCCCAGCAUUACCCAGGGAUACAACCCUUACCAGCUUUACAGAAGCAGAAUUGAAAAACUGGUGUCAAGACAUUUUCCUGGUGGUGCGUGGAGAUGACCCAGCUGGCUCCUGUCAGUGUUUGGAACAGAGCUACUACACCUGCUGCCCUAAGCCCCUUCUGCACGUGGCCAGGGGCAGCCACAAAAUCUGUUCAAGGGGUUUCACAGAGGCACCUGAAUUUGAAAUUGUAGUGACAUCUGUGAGCUGGCUCUAGACAAACCAAUUAAGAUAUAGAUAAGAAUUCAUUUAAGGUUUCUACAGAAACAAAUAAAACCACCUCGUUUUCAGUUAACUUGUGCCAUUAAAUAGAUAACAUCCUGUGGAUUUAGGAAUAUUCCCAGCCAGAAUGGAUCCAGAAGAAUUGAAUGGUGCUUAAAUUGAGAAAUAAUAAAAUAUAACUAUAUAGAAUAGACAUACCCCACUGUAUAUUAAUUGAGGUUUCGGAAAUUCUUUAUAUGAGACUUAUUUAAAUUUUUCAUACUUCAUCUUUGAAAAAGUCUAAUUAAGAAAAAAAUCCAUAAUAUUUUCUAGUAUGAAAGUUUGACAGUAUUAAUAUUUUUUUUAUAUUUUCUUAAAUCAUUAAACCAUUUUAAUAUAUGUUACCUACUAAUAAAUGGUUUAUUCUUUCUAAUUCCACAUAAGCUUUUCCAGCAGAUUGUAAUAACACAUUUACGUUCUCAUUUUUCUACAGAUAGAUUUAUAUUUAAAAAUACCAAAAAGAAAAAGAUCUAUACAUCUGUAUGUAUAGACAAUAAUUAUAGAGGACACUUAGGGUGUCUGAGCCCAGCCAUCUUGAUUGCUGUGUUGCCAGGCCAUUUCUAAGUCGUUGGGUGUUGUCUUUUGUGCUGUGUGGGGAUGUCAUUGCUGCCUGUACUUAUGAUCCUUUCACCGUGGGUUCUGAACAUUCACCUCACCAUGUUUACAGAGAACUGUUUUGUACAUAGAUUUUUUUUUCAGGCACGUGCUUUGCACCAGCCCUUUGUGGCUUUUGUCUGUGUUGGCUGUCACAGUUGUGUGCACUAAUCUCUCUGUUGACGUUGUUUGUGGCUGUUUGACUUAUAAGAUACUUUUCUAUAUCCCUCAGUAAUGUGUCCACUGUACCCUGUAUCUCUCUCAAGUUCUAUUAUACUGAAGUACUUUUGUUUUUAAUAGUGCUGCCCCCUACCCCCCUAAGACCUCACCCUGGACAGAGGUCGGCCCUUAAUCCCCCAAACACAGGUGACAUCAACAUUAUCAUUGGUCACUUUCCAGCCUGUCUUUCUCAAUUAAGAAGAUAUUUUGUAAUUACAUAUCUAUGAACUGUGAGACCGUGUGAAGCUGUUUGUGUGGUCUCCUUGUAAGUGCUGUGCUCUCAUCACCACCUCCCUCUGAACACUGGUGAUUCCAGGUGCUGCGCUCGGCAAAGGGGUCUUGCCAAAGCGCAUGCUCAUGCGUGGUGUGUGUGUGUGUGUGUGUGUGUGUGUGUGUGUGUGAGAGAAAGAGAGAGAGAGUGUGUGUGUGUGUGUGUGUGUGUGUGUGUGUGUCCUUUUCAUGGUCGGGCAUGGCUGCCUUGCUCGGGCAUUAGUAGGACAUCAUGUGAAUAGUUAUAAUGCUUCCAAACUGGAACUCUACAUUUUGUAUCUUACUUUUAAAGCUCCUAUAAGUAAAAUAACUAUUGGCUUUAUUAAAAAUAUACGUUUAAUAGUA